AUGGAAUUGCUCGAGAAUAAAAGUUCCCAUAGUAGUGAGGAUAUUACUAUGGAAAUUAACCAUCCCUUUCCAUUGAAGCCUGAGUGAUCGAAGAUGGGCGAGAAGGUCCAGAUCUGAAGUAAUUUCUAUAAAAUAAACAGUUAUUCUGGAGGCAGAAAUGUCCUUUUUGAGUACCAAGUUAGCACAGUUCCAAGACUUACUUGCCAUACCAAUGAAGAGAAGUCUAGAAUGGCCAAGAUCGUAAGGAAUGUUAUGAGGAAUUUGAAAGGAAAUGAUGAAAUGGGUCUCUUUCCAGAAAACUACAUUUAUAGAGAAGGCUUUAUCUAUUCAUUUGAGAAGGUUGAUAAGAUUAACGAGUACAUUGGCGAAGAAAUUGAACAAGAGGGGAUCUCUUACAAAAUCUCUAUCAAACUUCAUGAUGACUUACAAUUUGAUAAUCCAAAAGUUGUGAGGUUCUUUCGUGCUUUCUUUAGCCUUCUGUUUAAAUAAAUGCAAACUUAGACCCUUCAAAGCAGGAAAGCACUUUGAUCCUCAGAAUCCACUUAUUUUGAAAGGUGUAAAUAUGUACAGAGCUUAUUUUAACACUGUCAAAACUUUGAACCACAAUCUCUACUUGAAUUUGAAUCCUUGUGUGAAGUUCUUCCAGCAGGACACUCUAUUAGAAGAAAUAAAAAACUGAAGAAGCGAAAAGCAAGUCAGAGGUAAACUUAUUGGAAGAUCAGUGAUGACAAUCUAUAAUCAAAAAGUUUAUAGGGUUGAUGACAUUAACUUCGAUUUACACCCAAAUGAUACCUUCUGUCUCAAUUUAAGCGAUCAGGACUUGGAAGUGAGCUUUUCAGAAUACACCUUCACAAACUACAAGCAUGAAGUAACUGACCCUGAUCAGCCAAUGAUAAAGUAUCAUGACUCCCGGACAGAUAAAGAUAUCUACUUGAUCCCAGAAUUUUGUGUGCUGACAGGAAUAACUGAAGAACAAAAGGCUAUGAACUUCAGGGCUAUCAAACAAGAUCUCUUUGCUAAUGCUGAAACUAAGAGUGAACAAGCUAAGGCUUUCUUCCAAACUUUAAAGAGUGAUAAGGAGGCUUACCAAUUUCUAGCAGAAAAAUGGAAGAUAGAUCUAGAAGAAACUCCGAUGGAAACUGAUGCAUUCCAAUGCAGCUCAGGUACGAUACUUGGAGGAAAGGAUGUACAAUGUGAUCUUUCUAAAGUUGGUAAAGAUUUCUCGAGACAAUUUGACGCACCCUUCAAAGCUAGGAAGAUCAACUCAUGGGCUGUUAUUCAUGGUAAAUUUAGCAGAAGAGAAAAGGAAUCGCUUAUAAAACAGCUCCAAUUGACUGUCAAGAGUGAUUUCGAAUAUAUUUGCACCAAGCCCUUAGAAGUCCAACUAAAAGGAGAUGACAGAAAGCCAAAAUAGCUGGAUUGAAGCUCUGAAUUGUCUUUAUACAGAGAAAUACCUUGACGUUAUUAUUUGCAUUGUUCCUGGAAAGAAAGGAAGCUCUCCAGUUUAUGAAAGUUUAAAGUAUUAUCUUCAAACAGAGUGUAAUAUUCCAUCUCAAGUCAUUCUUUCUGAGACUAUUAAGAAGAAUAAAAGAAGUUUGAGGAAUAUUAUGAAGAAUAUUAUGGUGCAAAUCUCUGCAAAAAUCGGAGAUUCACCUUGGGCAUUUGAAACUCUCCCUCUGAUGGAGCCUCCAACAAUGGUCAUAGGUAUGGAUGUAUGUCACAAAGUUGGCCAAAACAACAGGUCUGUUUUAAGCUUUGUAUCUUCUAUAUAGACAGAAUAGUUGGUUCAUACUACAACGACCUUGUUUCCUUAGGAGAAAAACAGGAGAUAGCUUUUUCAAUAGAAAAACUCUUCAAAGACACAAUUAAAGAGUUUCAUAGUCUAAAUGACUCAUAUCCUGAGAGAAUAAUUAUUUACAGAGAUGCAGUCUCUGAAGGACAAUCUGAGAGAACCUUGAAGAUCGAGAUUCCUCAGUUUGAGAAAGUAAUUCAAGCCCUUGUAGAAGAAGAGAAGGUUGAAAAAGAACCUCAAAUUCUAUUCAUGCUCGUCAAUAAAAGAGUCGAGCAAAGAUUCUCCUGUAAAAAUGGAGAAGCUAUUAAAAAUCCAACUAAAGGAUUGGUUGUUGAGAGAGAAAUAACUCGACCAGAUAGGUUUGAGUUCUAUAUGAUAUCUCAUGCAGGUCCAAUAGGCUUGCAAUGCCCUGUUAGGUAUGAAGUCAUUAAAAAUACCAUACCAGAUUUGAACCCAAAGGAUCUUUAUGAUCUCACUAAUAUUUUAUGCUCUGGAUAUUUUAAUUUCCAGGGAUCUGUGAGACUUCCUGCUCCUUUAAUGUAUGCUAAUACGAUGUGAAAUUACAUUUCUAAGAUAUGUCAUAACAAAAAGUUUAUUGCUGGAACCCCACAAAGAUUCAGAAAUCAGCUGUACUAUAUUUAG